ACAGGGGAGGGGCAGAGAAAGAGGGAGACACAGAAUCCGAAACAGGCUCCAGGCUCUGAGCUGUCAGCACAGAGCCCAACACAGGGCUCGAACCCACGAACUGUGAGAUCAUGACCUGAGCUGAAGUCAGAUGCCCAACUGACUGAGCCACCCAGGCGCCCCUGCUUGUUAGUUUUAAACUCCCAUAUUCUAAUGGGAAGUCAGUGUUGAGACUCUGCAUGCAUGAUAUAUCUGACUUUCCCUCUCAAGCCAACAACCUGUCUCUAGUUCCCCAGCCCUUAAAGCACACAGCACCUCAAAAUUAAGCUCCUAGCAGUAGUAUUACAGUAGUAUUAGCUGUUGCUAUUGCUUUGUAGUAGAAAUUAACAGAAGGGUGACCUCACUUCCACACUGAUCCUUCUUGAAAACAUUUAACACUUCUCUUCUAGGUCUCCUCCUUGCACUGGUCUUUCUCAGUCUCGUGAAUCCCCUUCCUCUACUACCCCUUAAAUAAAUGUUGUUGAUGCGCUCAGGCCUCUUUGUAGGCUGUAUCUUCUGUCCAGGUGAUCUUAUCCCACACUCUUGGAUUUCACUCCACCCAGAUGUGAAUCACUAGCCCAGAUUUCUCCCUCUGAGCUUCAGACCCAUAUAUCUAGCUCCUUACUGUGCUGUUCCAGCUCAGCAUUCCACAUAGACUAUGCAUUCCCCAAUGUAAGAUAGGCAUCCCGUGUUUUCCCUGUUAUACUACCAAGGUUCUCAAGUCAGAAGAUUGGUAAUUAUCCUAGCUUAGCUCCCUCACCCUCACUCCAUCUUUAAUCAAUCAUCUUAUCUUCCCCCCUCCUGUCCAUUUCUCUCCAUCCUUACCGCCACUGCCCUUCUGCCCACUCCAUUUCACUAGGCUAGAAUCUUCACCUUCAGUCUCACUGUCCUCCAGCCUAUCCCUCUCUCCCCCAACCAGACUUACCUCACUCAACUUAGAAGCUGAGUUUUGAUAGACGGCUUCCCACAAUCUGCUCCCAAGCCUUACCCUCCGGCACUGUCAAGACACUUCUUUUAGGCAUACACCACUUUGUAAGAAACUCGAAAACAUUUUGGAAACAAUAAAAUAUACAUAUCCUUGCUACCUGAAGUGUUACUCUAAGGACCUACAGACCUAAGGGACCGCAUCACCUGGAAUCUUAUUAAAAACCCAGAAUCUUAGGUGCACAUUAAAAUUUGAGAAGCACUGAGUUAUUAAAAUACAACUUAAAAAAAUGUUUAAUGUUUAUUUAUAUUUGAGAGAGACAGAGACAGAGCACAAGCAGGGGAGAGGCAGAGAGAGAGGGAGACAGAACCUGAAGCAGGCUCCAGGCUCUAAGCUGUCAGCACAGAGCCCAACGAGGGGCUCAAACUCAGGAACCUUAAGAUCAUGACCUGAGCUGAAGUCCGAUGCUUAACUGACUGUGCCACCCAGCCAGCAGCCACCCCUAAAAUACAACUUUUUUUUAAUGAGUGUAAAAAUCAGAGCUAAGGGAAAAUCAGAUGAAGCCAGAACUGAAGUAACAUUAAUACUGAUAUAUGCAGGAAGUCCUGUGGUCCAUACUUAAUGGGGUAGGUGGUAAUGCUGAUUUUUGAGGAAGUCAGAAGAGAAGUGGAUCAAAUCAAGAUUUUCUGUGGUGUUUAUUUAAUUUUGAGAGAGUGUAUGCUAGCAGGGGAGGGGCAGACAGAAUUCAAAGCAGGCUCCACAUUAUUAGCACAGAGCCCAUUGUGGGGUUGCAACUCACUAACCAUGAGAUCAUGACCUGAGCCAAAGUCAGAUGCUCAACCAACUGAGGUGCCCCAAAUCAAGAUUUUUAGUAUAUGUAGGUACUAGGCUUAGUACUUACUCUUCCACCACCUCUCUCCCGCCUCCUUUCAUAUCACUGUGCCUACAUCAAAAAAUCUUCUAAGGCCAGCCUCUCUGAUCUUCCUUUCCAGAGAGCUAAAGACAAAGCUCUUCUCACCAGCCCCUGCCCUUUUUUAGUUUCCUGAGGUUAGCUGUGGCAGCGAGAUGAAAGGACAGGCCUCUCCUGUCGCCCAACAGUUAUUCAUCCUUUAAUCAGUCCAGGUAUCACUUCUUCCAAAAAGCCCACUCUCCCUCCCUGACCUUUCCCUUCUUGCUGUGCACCAGGCCAUGGGGACACUUUUGACCCUAUAUACCGUAGUUGACUGAUGGGAGGCAGUGACCAGCUGUGAAGGACACAGGCUCUGGAAUCAGAUACGCUCAGGUCUGAAACCCAGCUCCCCCUCCCACAAGAUAGGACUCGGAACCAGGGACUUAACCACUCUGGGCUUUAGUUUCCUCACCUGUAAAAUGUGGCUAAUAAUAGUGCUUUACUGUCUAAAACUGUUGAGAGGAAUGGAUGAAUUAACACAUGGCAGUAAUGUGUGCCAUACGUCACUGGUCCCGGCGCCCAGCUCAAACCGUAAAUAGUAAACAGCUGAGUGGCUGCAGCAGCGUCAGACCCGCCAGUGAUGCGCUGGGAGGAAAUGAAGGCUUUUGCCUGGGGUUUGAGGCUCUCCAGCUUUCUCCGCGUUGGGUUUGCGAUCUCCCGGGUGGGGCGGGACCCUCGGAUUGAGUGACGGCUGGUGGCCCGCCCCGGGCGUGACGUCGUCCUGGUGUUGUUGCUGAGGCCGCACGUGGUCCGCUGAGUCCGCUUCAGACUUAGCUGCACUCCGCGUCCUCUGCACGAGCCGAUUGCCUUCCUGCUUGUCCCGUUCGCUAUGUCCACAUCCACGAGCUGCCCGAUUCCCGGGGGCAGGGACCGGCUGCCCGACUGCUACAGCACCACGCCUGGGGGCACGCUAUACGCCACUACCCCAGGAGGCACCAGGAUCAUCUACGACCGAAAGUUCCUGCUGGAGUGCAAGAACUCACCCAUUGCCCGGACACCCCCCUGCUGCCUCCCUCAGAUUCCCGGGGUCACAACUCCUCCAACAGCCCCACCCUCCAAGCUGGAGGAGCUGAAGGAGCAGAAGGAGACAGAGGAAGAGAUACCCGAUGACGCACAAUUUGAAAUGGACAUCUGAUCCAGUGCAGAAGAUCCCGUGUGGAGUUAGAGGAAUCCCUCAUGCUGCUGCUGCCAUCACCUCUUCCUGGGGUAUUCCAAACGCCAGUUGGCCUCAUCUAAUUUGGAAGGGAGUGACUUGUUGGUUUCAGGCCUCCCUUAAUUCUGAAGCAGCUAGACCAGGGAUAGGAGUGGGCAACUUGCCAAGCCCUUAGCUCUACUUUCCCUUUGGUCUAUAGGUACUCCUCCCAGCUCCCAGCCCUCCGUCAUCAGGGACUGAGGCUGGGACUGAGGGAUGGAGUAUGUCACUGUCUGACUGCUUAGUAAACAUUCAAAGAAAUGCCUUGA